CACACAGAGAGAGAGAGACGGAACCACAGAGAGAGUCACACACAGAGAGACAGAGGCACGGAGAUGCGUGGGGUUGGGCCGCUUGGAAUUCACACAAAAAAACCCCCCACACAAACACGACGCAUUCCACUUUUUAAGCAUCGCAGCGUUCCGCGACCUUUAAACCCUUCGGCGCGCACGCGGCAGUGAGCGCCGCCACAGUCGGCACCGCGAGACCAGGGGGAGCGCAGCGCACGCUCGCGCGUCUUGAACCGCGGCUCCCCUCCUCCCCGUCGUCCGUCGUUUCUCGUGCCGCUCCAACUCGAACCCCCGCCGCCGCUCACACCGGAUUGUCGCGCGUUCCGAGCUGCCGUCGGAGACGCCGCUUUCCGUGAAAAACAAAAAAUUUGGCUGCCGGAUACCGGACCUACGGUGGUGGUGGUGGUGGCAACGGCCCUCGACCGUUUUCCGAGAUUAUUAAUAAUUUUAUUAGAUUAUUUUAAAAUUCGUAGUCCCGUUCUGCGGCGGCCGUGGACAACUCGAGAGCACUCCCCGCCACCCGGGAGAGGAGGAGGAGUGAGCGGCCCAGCUCGUCGACGCGCUCCACACGCGAGCUUCCGACGCGGGAGCCUCCGGCCAUGGAGAGAUACUGGUCCUUCUCCUCGCACUAUGAUCCCUCAGCGCAGAUGAACGGCCCCCCCGGUGUUGUCGCACCACCACAUGAUGGGCGCUGGCCCGCAGCACCACGGCCUGCACCAUGAGCUCCCCCACCACGGCAUCUCCUCCUCCUCGUCGCCCAUGGGCGGCGGAGACCUUUCCCCGCCCGCGCUCAACGGCAUGUGCUCGCCGUACCCGGUCAUCUCCUCCUCCACCGUGGGGCACAACCUGCACACGCCGCCGUCCUCCCAGCACGGCGUGUCCUACAUGGGCGGCCCGCAGAUGAACUCGAGCCUAAACAUGGGCAGUGUGAGCAGCUCGGAGGACGUGAAGCCGCCCCUGGGCCUGCACGGGAACAUUCGCCUGGGCUCCCCGCUGCCCUUCCCCAACCCGCUCUGCCUCCCCAAGCACAUCUGCGCCAUCUGCGGCGACCGCUCCUCCGGCAAGCACUACGGCGUGUACAGCUGCGAGGGCUGCAAGGGCUUCUUCAAGCGCACGGUGCGCAAGGACCUCACCUACACGUGUCGCGACACCAAGGGCUGCAUCGUGGACAAGCGGCAGCGCAACCGCUGCCAGUACUGCCGCUACCAGAAGUGCCUCAACACCGGCAUGAAGCGUGAAGCCGUGCAGGAGGAGCGCCAGCGGGGGAGGGAGCGCGAGGACUGCGACAGCGAGAGCGGCGUCCCGCUCGAGGACAUGCCGGUCGAGAAGAUCCUCGAGGCCGAGCUCGCCGUGGAGCCCAAGACUGAGGGCGGCUGUGAGCCCGGCGGCGGCGGCGGCGGCGGCAGGAGCCGCACCGCCUCCCCCGGCACCUCGCCGAACGACCCCGUCACGAACAUUUGCCAAGCGGCCGACAAGCAGCUCUUCACGCUCGUCGAGUGGUCCAAGAGGGUGCCGCACUUCUCCGAGCUCCCCCUCGACGACCAAGUGAUCCUGCUGAGAGCCGGGUGGAACGAGCUGCUCAUCGCGUCGUUCUCGCACCGCUCGAUCGGCGUCUCCGACGGGAUCUUGCUGGCCACGGGGCUGCACGUCCACCGCAGCAGUGCCCACAGCGCCGGCGUCGGCUCCAUCUUCGACCGGGUCCUCACGGAGCUCGUCUCCAAGAUGCGUGACAUGAACAUGGACAAGGCCGAGCUGGGCUGCCUGCGUGCCAUCGUCCUCUUCAACCCCGACGCAAAGGGGCUGUCGAGUCCCAGUGACGUGGAGGCACUCCGGGAGAAAGUCUACGCAUCGCUGGAAUCCUACUGCAAGCAGAAAUACCCCGAUCAGCCCGGCAGGUUCGCGAAGCUGUUGCUGCGCCUGCCCGCCCUGCGUUCCAUCGGCCUCAAGUGCCUGGAACACUUGUUUUUCUUCAAGCUCAUCGGCGACACUCCCAUAGACACCUUCCUCAUGGAAAUGCUGGAGGCCCCCCAUCAGAUGACUUGAGAUUGGGG